CGGCGCGUGGAACUGAGCGGACCGCCGCAGACGGUUCGGACGCGGCCAGUGGCGCGGCAGGAGCUCCAACCAGUCCGUUCGCCGGUGGCAGCUGCGGACCGCCCUGUCCCCGCAGCCCGCAUAUACUGCCUGUAGCGACCAUGAAGAGGACACGUUUGCAAGACCUUUGGCGGCGAUCAGUGGGUCGGAGAAAGGUGGUGCCGUCCGUGUCCCGCGGCUACUGCCGCCCUUCGACGACGGCUGAUGCUGGGGUACCCUACGAGACCAGCUUCGCGGGCAAGCAGGUGGCCGGGCCGGCCUCCGUGCCCGAGCAGGCCGACGUCGUCAUCAUCGGCGGCGGAAGUGUGGGCUGCCAGACGCAGUACCACCUGGCCAAGAUGGGCGUCACCAACACGGUGCUGCUGGAGAAGCACGCUCUCACGGCCGGCACCACCUGGCACACCGCCGGUCUGGUGUGGAAGCUGCGCCCGAGCGACACGACUAUCGCCCUGCUCGGCCACACCGUGGCCCAGAUGCCGCGACUGGAGGCCGAGACCGACAUGGAGGUCGGCUGGAUCAACAACGGCGGCCUCUUCGUCGCCAACAACCGGCAGCGGCUGGACGAGUACAAGCGGCUGAUGACGGUCGGCAGCGCGAUGGGGGUCGACAGCCACGUGCUCGCCCCGUCGGAGGUGCACAAGGUGCACCCGCUGCUGAACACGACCGACAUGUACGGCUGCCUGUUCUCGCCCGGUGACGGCACCAUUGACCCGGCCGGCCUCUGCACCGCCCUCAGCCGGUACUGCACCCGGCAGGGUGCCAAGGUGAUCGAGGGCUGCGGCGUGACGGCCAUCGAGACCGAGGAGUACCGCGGCACGCGCCGCGUCAGCGCCGUCGUCACGCCGCACGGCCGCGUCCGCACCAACGCUGUCGUCAACGCCACAGGUGCGUGGGCCAACUACAUAGCGGAGAUGGCCGGCCUCACCAUCCCGCUGCUGGCCAUGAAGCACGCCUACGUGGUCACGGAGAAGAUCCCCGGCAUCGAGAUGACGCCCAACGUGCGCGACCACGACGCCUCCGUCUACCUGAAGCUGCAGGGUGACGCGCUAAGCGUCGGCGGAUAUGAGUACAACCCCCUCUUCCUGGACAAGGUGCAGGAGGACUUCCCGUUUGGCUUGUUCGAGCUGGACUGGGACGUGUUCAUGUGCCACAUAGAGGGCGCCAUCAACCGGCUGCCCGAGCUGGAGAAGACCGGCAUCAAGUCCACCGUCUGCGGACCCGAGUCCUUCACGCCGGACCACAACCCCAUCAUGGGCGAGGACCCGCGGCUGCGCGGCUUCUACCACAACUGCGGCUUUAACUCGAGUGGCAUGAUGCUGGGCGCCGGCUGUGGCUGGCAGCUAGCAGAGUGGAUCGUCAACGGUCGGCCCUCGCUCGACAUGUACGGCUUCGACAUCAGGCGCUUCAACCCGGAGUUGACCACCAACAAGCAGUGGAUCAAGGAGCGCAGUCAUGAAGCCUACGCCAAGAACUACUCGAUGGUGUUCCCUCACGAUGAGCCGCUGGCCGGGAGGAACAUGCGCAAAGAUCCGCUGUAUCAGGAGCUGCUGGACGCCGGCUGCCACUACCAGGAGCGGCAGGGCUGGGAGCGGCCCGGCUGGUUCCACCGCGAGCGCCGGCCGGCCCCGGCCCUGUCCUACGACUGGUACGGCGCCUACGGCACGCCCGUCCACCAGGAGCACACCUACUACGACCUGCUCAAGCACGAGUACUCCUUCGACUUCCCUCCGCAUCACAACGUGAUUCGGGACGAGAGCCUGGCAUGUCGGUCUGCAGCCGCGCUCUUCAACAUGAGCUACUUCGCCAAGUACUACGUGACCGGGCCGGACGCGCAGGCGGCCGUCGACUGGAUCUUCUCCAACGACCUGCAGAAGCCGGCCGGCUCCGUCGUGUACACGUGCAUGCUGAAUGGCCGCGGAGGGAUCGAGUCCGACCUGACAGUGAGCGUCCUGGAGUCGGGCGACGGCGGCGCCUGUGACCCCGCCUUCCAGGGGCGUGGAUUCUACGUGGCCGUGGGCGGCGGGUUCGCCGAGCACGUGCGCGCGCACAUGAUGACGGCGAUCCAGGACCGGCAGCUGAACGCGACGGUGACGGACCGCUCUACUGACAUGGGCCUGCUCUCCGUACAGGGGCCCAAGAGCCGAGAAAUUCUGCAGAGUUUGACCCCGACUGAUCUGAGCAACACCAGCUUCCCCUUCGGGACCACCCAGGUCAUCGAUGUCGGAGGCAUGAAGUGCCGCGCUCUCAGGCUCAGCUUUGUGGGCGAGCUCGGCUGGGAGCUGCACGUGCCGUCUGAGAGUCUGCUGGCCGUGUACCGUCUGCUGAAGGAGGCCGGCGCCCAGCGCGGCCUCGUGGACGCCGGCUACAGGGCCAUGGACAGCCUGAGUGCCGAGAAAGGCUACAAGCACUGGCACGCCGAGAUCCGACCGGACGACCGGCCGCAGGAGGCCGGCAUGCUCUUCACCUGCAAGCUGAAGACGGCGCAGGAGUUCGAGGGCCGCGCGGCCGUCGAGCGCCAGAAGGCGGAGGGCGUGCACCGCAAGCUGGUGACGCUGACGGCGCGCGAGCCGGUGCCCAUGUGGGGCCUGGAGGCCAUACUGCUCGACGACCAGGUGGUGGGUAUGGUGCGGCGCGCCGAGCACGCCUUCGCGCUGGACAAGAUGGUGGCGUACGGCUACGUCCGACACCCGGCCGGCGAGAAGGUGACCAACGCUUUCCUGCGCGAGGGCAGCUGGGCCCUGGACGUCAUGGGCAGCCGCGUGCAGGCAGAGCUGCACCUGAAGCCGCCGUUCGAUCCGCAGAACCGGCGCCUGCAGGGCGACUACAGCGCCGCCGACUAGGUGUCACGUCGGAGGUCACGCCAGCUGAGCGGCCUUACCGCGUGUCAGCUGAGCGGUCUUGUCGUGUGGCUUAGCCGUUGGAAUUCGUCACAGUUGUGCGCGGGCCCGGCGACGGUUGCGUUGGCCAUCGUGUUCAGAGCCUCCUCCGGCUAUAUUGGCGACGGCGGCUUAGCCUGGCGAGGCUGUUUUCUUGACUCGUUGAUGGCUCGGUGAAGCAAUGAUUACGUGAAGGCUGUUACUGAAGGCCGCUGGCUUCUGUGGUUGCUGAAAGUUGCGAGAAGUCAAAACAUUCUUCUCAUGUGAAGGCCGCUUUGACACCAGCGUCCUGACUCAACAUUCUGCCUCAGAUGUUCGGAUCGCGGGGCUGUGUCCCAGUGACAGCUGUUGCGCCGUCGGGACCAGUGCGCUCGUGGCAAUAGAGGUGAUAGUUGAUGGGAACACUGCCAUAGUGGCCAUCGAGGCUGUGGCUGGGCUCACCUGUGACGGUUGUUGUUUUACUUUCGAUGGGAUUUUCCUCAGUCCUCACUGUUCUUCUGUGCGGCGAGUUGUUCAAGUCGUCCUUGUCCAGUUGCCAACGUACUAAGGAUGGAGUACUUAAUCUUCGGAUGGACCUGUACCUGACAACUUUCGCACCUUUUUUCUGUUUCUCAUGUCUUUUCUCACCUCAUCGCCGUAGGCAUAGGGGAAUAGUCGAAGUGAACUUGGGAUGAGCUGGACCAGGGUGUUUGGGAGGUAGGUGGUGUUUACAUGUCUACAGCUCUACCACUGUUUUCCUUGGCAUAACUUUUUUAAGUGAGUGAUCUUUGUGUGGAUAUUACGAAGCAGCAUCAUGACGUGAUGCUAUGCCAAUCUUGACGCGAUCGUUUUUUUAAGUCGUGGUUUGCAUUCAAUAACUUGCUGGGUAUGUAGGCAACGUUCAUUUACCUGUGUAUCAUACAGAGAUACACAAAUAUGUACCGAUUUACAGGGGACAAUAAACAUCGACCGUUUGAAG